AUUAAAAAUGAAAUCGGCACUAGAUUUUCUAAUCUCAUAAUUCAAGGAAGUUUGUUAUACGUUCAUAAUUGGAUGCAAAAUAAUUUCAAAAGCCUUAGAAAUUCAAGUAAUUGCCCUUCAAUCAUAGUUGCUGUGGCCGGUUCAUGGCUCUGUAUUCUGGGUGCAAUUUAUCUCGAAAAGGGUGCCAUUAACCCACUUAUGCUCUUUAUACCUAUUAUUCAAUCUCAUGAACACAAAUACCUCCAAAUAGUUACAAGAUUAUUUGAAUCAUUGCAUCUUGCUGCUGAGCGAUUAAGAAAUUUCUAUAAGACCUUGAUUCCUUUAAGUGAUUGCCAAUAG